CUCCGGGAGAGCAGGCUUGGACACUGCAUUUCUUCUGCCCGAGCGGGACAUUACUUGCGCACUAGAGUCCAGAUCCCCUCCCACAGCCAGCAUAACUUCUCCUACCCGCACCCGCAGAAGCCCCUGCAGCUGCGGCCGGAGCCAGGGCGUCCUCACCCUGAGUAUCCUGGGGUCCUGCGCUGGGGAGCGCGUUCCACCUCUGCGUCCUCUUUGCACGCCAGGCGCGGACAGAAAGAGCCUGAGCUCGAGUUCUGGGCACUAUGCCCCGCGCCAGGUGCAGAAUGGAGGGCAAGGCGCUGCUGGCCAUCGCUCUGUGGCUCUGCGUGGAGACCCGGGCCACCACUGUGGGUUUGCCUAGUGUUUCCCUUGAUCCACCCAGGCUCAGCAUACAAAAAGACAUACUUACAAUUAUGGCUAACACAACUCUUCAAAUCACUUGCAGGGGACAGAGGGACUUGGACUGGCUUUGGCCCAACAGUCAGAUUGUCUCUGAGGAAAGGGUGGAGGUGACCGAGUGCAGUGAUGACUUCUUCUGUAAGACACUCACAAUUCCAAAAGUGAUCGGAAAUGAUACUGGGACCUACAAGUGCUUCUACCAGGAUACUGACGCGGCCUCGGUCAUCUACGUCUAUGUUCAAGAUUACAGGUCACCAUUUAUUGCUUCUGUUAGUGACCAGCAUGGAGUUGUGUACAUUACUGAAAACAAAAACAAAACUGUGGUGAUUCCCUGUCGUGGGUCCAUUUCAAACCUCAACGUGUCUCUUUGUGCAAGGUAUCCAGAGAAAAGGUUUGUUCCUGAUGGCAACAGAAUUUCCUGGGACAGCAAGAAAGGCUUCACCAUUCCCAGUUACAUGAUCAGCUAUGCUGGCAUGGUCUUCUGUGAAGCAAAAAUAAAUGAUGAAACUUACCAGUCUAUUAUGUACAUAGUUGUGGUUGUAGGGUACAAGAUUUAUGAUGUGGUUCUGAGUCCUCCUCAUGAAGUGGAGCUAUCUGUUGGAGAGAAGCUUGUCUUAAAUUGUACAGCAAGAACUGAGCUAAACGUGGGACUUGAUUUCAACUGGGAAUACCCUUCUUUGAAGCAUCAGCAUAAGAAACUUAUAAACCGAGACCUAAAAACCCAGUCUAUGACUGUGAUGAAGAAAUUUUUGAGCACCUUGACCAUAGAUGGUGUCACCCGGAGUGACCAAGGGCUGUACACCUGUGCAGCAUCCAGUGGGCUGAUGACCAAAAAGAAUAGCACAUUUGUCAGAGUCCAUGCAAAACCCUUUGUUGCUUUUGAUAGUGGCAUGGAAUCUUUGGUGGAAGCCACAGUGGGAGACCGUGUCAGAAUCCCUGUGAAGUACCUCGGUUACCCAGCACCUGAAAUCAAAUGGUAUAAAAAUGGAAGACUCCUUGAGUCCAAUCACACAAUCAAAGUGGGGCAUGCGCUGACGAUUAUGGAAGUGAGUGAAAAAGACACAGGGAAUUACACUAUCAUCCUCACCAAUCCCAUUUCAAAGGAGAAGCAGAGCCACAUGGUGUCUCUGGUUGUGAAUGUCCCACCCCAGAUUGGUGAGAAGUCCCUGAUUUCUCCCGUGGAUUCCUACCAGUACGGCACCACGCAGACACUGACGUGUACGGUCUAUGCUGUUCCUCCCCCGCGUCACAUCAACUGGUAUUGGCAGUUGGAGAGCGAGUGCUCCUACAAGCACAGCCAAGCUGCCUUAAUGACAAACCAAUAUACCUGUAAAGAAUGGAGAAAUGUGGAGGAGUUCCAGGGAGGAAAUAGAAUUGAAGUCAACAAAAACCAAUAUGCCAUAAUUGAAGGAAAAAAUAAAACUGUGAGUACUCUUGUCAUCCAAGCUGCGAAUGUGUCAGCUCUGUACAAAUGUGAAGCCAUCAACAAAGCUGGGAGAGGAGAGAGGGUUAUCUCCUUCCAUGUGACCAAGGGUCUUGAAAUUACUUUGCAACCUGCCAACCAGCCCACCGAGCAGGAAAGCAUGUCUCUGUGGUGCACUGCAGACAGAACCACAUUUGAGAACCUCACGUGGUACAAGCUGCGCCCUCAGGCUAUCCCCAUGGGAGAGCUGCUCACGCCUGUUUGCAAGAACUUGGAUGCUCUUUGGAAACUGAAUGCCACCAUGUUCUCUAAUAGCACAAAUGACGUUUUGAUCAUGGAGUUCCAGAAUGUGUCCUUGCAGGACCAAGGAGAUUAUGUCUGCUCUGCUCAAGACAGGAAGACCAAGAAGAGACAAUGUGUGGUCAGACAACUCAUAGUCCUAGAGCGCAUGGCACCCAUGAUCACAGGAAUCCUUGAGAAUCAGACAACGAGUAUUGGUGAAACCAUCGAAGUGGCCUGCACAGCAUCUGGGAACCCUCCUCCACAGAUAACGUGGUUUAAAGAUAACGAGACCCUCGUGGAAGACUCAGGCAUUGUGUUGAAAGAUGGGAACCGGAACCUGACUAUUCGCAGAGUGAGGAAGGAGGACGAGGGCCUCUACACCUGCCAGGCCUGCAAUGUGCUUGGAUGUACCAAAGGGGAGAUGUUCUUCAUCAUAGAAGGUGCUCAGGAAAAGACCAACUUGGAAGUCAUCAUCUUAGUAGGCACUGCAGUGAUUGCCAUGUUCUUCUGGCUACUUCUUGUCAUCGUUCUACGGACCGUUAAGCGGGCCAAUGGAGGGGAACUGAAGACGGGCUACUUGUCCAUUGUCAUGGAUCCAGAUGAAUUGCCCCUGGACGAACACUGUGAACGCCUGCCAUACGAUGCCAGCAAAUGGGAGUUCCCUAGAGACCGGCUGAAACUAGGUAAACCUCUUGGUCGUGGUGCCUUUGGCCAAGUGAUUGAGGCCGAUGCCUUUGGAAUUGACAAGACAGCAACGUGCAAGACUGUGGCCGUCAAAAUGUUGAAGGAAGGAGCAACACACAGUGAACACCGAGCCCUUAUGUCUGAACUCAAGAUCCUCAUUCAUAUUGGCCACCAUCUCAAUGUGGUCAACCUUCUAGGUGCCUGUACCAAGCCAGGAGGGCCUCUCAUGGUGAUUGUGGAAUUCUGCAAGUUUGGAAACCUGUCAACCUACUUACGAGGCAAGAGAAAUGAAUUUGUUCCCUACAAGACCAAAGGGGCACGGUUCCGUCAAGGGAAAGACUAUGUUGGGGAAAUCUCUGUGGAUCUGAAGCGCCGCUUGGACAGCAUCACCAGUAGCCAGAGCUCAGCCAGCUCUGGGUUUGUUGAGGAGAGGUCCCUCAGUGAUGUGGAGGGAGAAGAAGCUUCUGAAGAUCUGUACAAGGACUUCCUGACCUUGGAGCAUCUCAUCUGCUAUAGCUUCCAAGUGGCUAAGGGUAUGGAGUUCUUGGCAUCACGGAAGUGUAUCCACAGGGACCUGGCAGCACGAAAUAUCCUCUUGUCAGAGAAGAACGUGGUUAAAAUCUGUGACUUUGGCUUGGCCCGGGAUAUUUACAAAGACCCAGAUUAUGUCCGAAAAGGAGAUGCCCGUCUCCCUCUGAAAUGGAUGGCCCCGGAAACAAUUUUUGACAGAGUGUACACAAUUCAGAGUGAUGUGUGGUCUUUUGGUGUCUUGCUCUGGGAAAUAUUUUCCUUAGGUGCUUCUCCAUAUCCGGGGGUAAAGAUUGAUGAAGAAUUUUGUAGGCGAUUGAAAGAAGGGACUAGAAUGAGGGCCCCUGAUUAUACCACACCAGAAAUGUACCAGACCAUGCUUGACUGCUGGCAUGAGGAGCCCAAUCAGAGACCCACGUUUUCAGAGUUGGUGGAACAUUUGGGAAAUCUUCUCCAAGCUAAUGCUCAGCAGGAUGGCAAAGACUACAUUGUUCUUCCAAUAUCAGAGACUCUGAGCAUGGAAGAGGAUUCUGGACUGUCUCUGCCUACCUCACCUGUUUCCUGUAUGGAGGAAGAGGAAGCGUGUGACCCCAAAUUCCAUUAUGACAACACAGCAGGAAUCAGUCAGUAUCUGCAGAACAGUAAGCGAAAGAGCCGGCCAGUAAGUGUAAAAACAUUUGAAGAUAUCCCAUUGGAAGAACCAGAAGUAAAAGUAAUCCCAGAUGACAACCAGACGGACAGUGGUAUGGUUCUUGCAUCAGAAGAGCUGAAAACUUUGGAAGACAGAACCAAAUUAGCUCCAUCUUUUAGUGGAAUGAUGCCCAGCAAGAGCAGGGAGUCGGUGGCAUCUGAAGGCUCAAACCAGACGAGCGGCUAUCAGUCUGGGUACCACUCCGACGACACAGACACCACCGUGUACUCCAGCGAGGAAGCAGAACUUUUAAAGCUGGUGGAGGUUGGAAUGCAAGGUGGCAGCAUAGCCCAGAUGCUCCAGCCUGACUCUGGGACCAUGUUGAGCUGUCCUCCUGUUUAAAAGGAGGUUCCCAUGCUCCCCCACUCCUGUAAAUCACAUGAGAGGUGCUGCUCAGAUUGUCAAGUGUUGUUCUUUCCACUGCCCGGAAGUAGCCACAUUUGAUUUUCAUUUCAGAAAAGGACCUCGGACUGCAGGGCUAGUCCUCUAGGCAUUUCCUGAGAGGUUGCUUGUGACCUAAGAAUGUGUUUGUGUCUUCUCCUGGUAUUGACUGUAUUCUCUUUUUCAUUCAUUUAAAAACAUGUAUAGUGCACCCCACUGUGGGUCUCACCAUGGGUUAGGACAAGAAUGACCCUCCUAAAGAAGUGGCAAUACCUGGGGAGUGGACACAGCUGUAAACUAGAAGAUAAAGCAAGCAGUGUAAGUGCGUUAGGUGUUGAAGAUGGGAAAGAUUUGCAGGGCUGAGUUCAGCUUUGUCGAGCACUUGGGCUGUGAGUCCAUCUUUUCUUAAGUGUGGGGUUUGGAUUGAAGGAAAGGAAGACUCGAGCUUGCUUUGGAGAGAGCGCCGGAGUCUGCGGAUGCUCUGUGUGGGCUCUGGGGAAGUGGCGUGUGGUCCGUUGGGAAAUGUAAAGGCUUCAGACGAGGUUUCUGGUUUUAGAAGGUUGCGUGCACUUCACAGUUGGGCUAAAGGCAAGUUCCUGGUGCUGUUUCCGACUCCUGAUGAGAGUUCCUUCCGGACCCUUACGUGUCUCCUGGCCGAGCCCCAGGAAGGAAAUGAUGCAGCUCUGGCUCCUUGUCUCCCAGGCCGAUCCUUUAUUCAGAGUGCCACAAAGAAGGGACAUUCAGCCUGAGGCUCCCUGUCGUGUUGAAGGAUGCGGACUGUACCAACCAGUUUCUGGCUUCUUCUGGAUGAAUGCCCACAUGUGUCCUGAUGUGAGUGUCCAAGAUUGAAUGCCGUCGGUUCAGUGUCCAGCUGUGGUGGCAAAGCUGCAGGAAGGGUUUUACCCUUUGUUUCCCCAUCCUCACCCCCAGCCCAUCAGUAUUAUAGUUAUUUGGCUUCUCUACACUCCAGAAAACCUGAUUUGGUUUGUUCACUCACUGAAUGAUUAUUAGCCAGAUUUCAAAAUGACCUUAUAGCCAAAGUUAUAACAACUUCUAUUGUAUUAUUUAGACUUUUAACACAUAAAGCUAUUUCUACUGAUUUUUUGCCCUUGUUCUUUCCUUUAAAAAAAAUGUAUUUUUUUUCAUUUGGUACCAUAGUGUGAGAUGCUGGGAACAAUGACUAAAAAACAUGCUAUGGCACAUAUAUUUAUAGUCCGUUACGUAGAACAAAUGUAAUAUAUUAAAACUUUAUAUUAUAUAUAAUGAUCUUUGUACUUUUCACAUUUUGUAUCAGUAUUAUGUAGCAUAACAAAGGAUGUGAUGCUUUCGGCAACUGACAUCAUUUUAUUAAAAAAAAAAUUGAAACUCUUGAAGGAAUCCUUUUCAAGAUCACAUAUGCCACCGUAUCAUUUACCUCAUUGCCAAAAUGAAGGAGGAAUUAGACAUAACGAGGUUGUUUUCUAUAUUUACUUGUUCCUUUAUUCUCCCUAUAAAGAAUAUUUCUGCAAAAUGUUUAUAUACUUUAAAAUCCAAUAAAUGUAUUCAUAGUAAAAAAUAUAAUGGUAUACUCUCCUCACAACCAUUUUGCGGAUGAGCACUUCUGUUUGGAGGCUGAUUGCUUCUUCCUCCCUCUUCUUCCCUCUACAAAGAAUUCAAAGCCACAUUCUCACCAUAUUCUGACAACCUUUGAGAAUGUCAACAUGUGGAGCAAGAGGUAUGUGAUUCGGUGGCCUCCAGUGAGCUCCAUGUCUAGCCGACCUCAAAACUCAGGGGGUGAGAGAUCCUGAGACAGGUAGCCAGAGCUCAGGGAAGCAUGGACCAGGUGUACAGUGUCCAAUAACAUUUUACUCCAUACUUAGAGAGUCAGAACAUCAGGUUCCUUGUUGCCAUUUUGAAUGAUUACCUUUGUCUGAAUUUAGUUAGCACAGUUAUUUAACUAAUCAUUGGCACUAUGAAGAGACUAUAGAUUUUGUAGAUUUAUUUUAAUAUAAGAUUUUGAAGUAUUUAUCUAGUCAAAUAUGCCUCUUACAUUUAAAAAAUGGCUUCAGGCUUUUUAUUUUCAGGAAGUUUUUCUUAAUUCUAAAAAAAAACCCAAAUUCUAAAUUUUCUGGUUUUUUUUCUGCAUUUAAAUACGCUUAGUAUAUAUUUUAUACAUGGAGUGAGAUAGGGUCUAACUUUAUUAAGAUUUUUUUCCAAGCAGAUUGUGAAACAUGGCACCAUUGCUGGGGAAAAUAUCCCUCUUCUCCCUGUGGUUGGAGAAAUGUGUAUGUUGUAAAAUUUUUCACUCCAUAUUACCUCAUGGAGACAUUCUGCACAGCUUGAUGGUGAAGAAGAUGGUUGUGCCUGUGUGUGGUUCCUGGGGACAGCACUUAGCAGAUUGUGCGAUUGACCGGGAUUAGCGGGUUAGGUAGGAUCCUCUGCCAACCUUCGUUAAACCAGGUGUUAGGUGGCCUGAAAAGAGUUCUUCCUCUGUUCCUAUUAUUACAGCCUCUUCCAGCAAAUGAAUGGAAGAAGAGUCGAGGCUCUUCACGACAGAAAAGACCUCAUAUAAAAACACAGGAUUUUCUUCACCUUAGGAAAAAGAAAAGAUUGUGUUUCUCCUAAGUGGCUCCUGGCUUUGUUUCCAAAGUAAGGAAUUUGGAUUCAGCUGAAACUUCACACUUUAUUAAGAAAUGCUUCCUGCACCUUGGACAGAAUGAUUAGGGGAGCGGUUCGGCCUUCUCUCCGCUCACUCUGUUUUCCACGUGUCUUAUUCUUGGCUCUUUUUUCUUUCCUCACUUGCCCCUGUAAUGAAGAAAACUUUGUGGCUUUUUAAAGAGCUUCCUGCAUGGUCUUGCUUUCAAAACUUUAACUGGAGUCAUUUGGUGUGUGUUAGGCAAGGGGACACUCUUUCCUUGGGGCUUCAGCCUCCGUCAUCUCCCUCUUCUCAAUGCCUUCUGUCACCUCAUCCUCCUCUUCUCUUUCUACUGACCUUCUCCUUUGCACCCCACCCUGGCAGCCCUCCUCCUCAGCAUCAAAGGAGAGGGAUGAGUUUGGGAAGGUUCAAGUUUGUUACCCCAGGACCAGAGUUACCCCAUCAUUGCAUAUUCCUUUAUCCUUUUCAAGGACAGGAAAGAAGAAAAGGACAAAAUCUCAAGCCCACAACUUUGCAUUUGCUAACUUAAUCCAAUUAUACUGUAUCUCCUUAGCACAUCUUUCUACCUCUGACUCAGAUAUGCAUCACUGGAUGAUAAAAUGUAGGAAAACCCAGAAAGCUGAAGUCUUUGGUUUGGGGUGGGGGCAAUGCUUUUCCUAUACUGCUUUCCACAUGCUCAUGUCCUUUUCCUCUUAAGGACAGUGGGCAUGUCCAUGCAUUCUUGGGUAGGCAGUGAGCACAGCCCAAAGUGGUUUCUAAUUACUUUUGAUAAAAUUGCAUUUUAAGUGAAUCCUCCAUGUUAAGGUUUAGACAUAAGUAAAAAUCUGUACAGUUUUUUUCAAAAAGUAAUUUUAAAUCGAAUUCUUGGAAAAGAUGCAGAAUGCUCCUAGGUGAUAAAAUUAUUUAUUUUGUUUUUGAUUGGAAUGGAUAGAAGUGGUAGAAUCUGGGAGGAGCACCCCAGGAAGAACUUUAAUAGGUUGGCCUGAAGUUCUGGAGCUAAAGUAGUAGAUACCAACCCAGAAGCAUACCAACCCAGAAGUCUAACUCAGAGAUAAGGGUUCUGAGUCAGGACAACAUAUUCUAAUGAAAACCACUGAUAAGACAAGGAUUACAGUAAACUGUAGUUGACAUCAAGUGAAUGUUAGUGAGAAGACAUCAAAUUGUACCUUAGAUUCUUCUUUAUGACACAUGAUUUUUAUGUAACUUUUUAAUGCUUCUAAAAUAACAUCAAAUUUAGUGGUUUCACUAUUUUUUUGUUUCAGUUUAAAAAUAAAAGGGUGAA